CACCCUUCAGCCAACGCGGGGUAAGUGAAACGAUAUAAAUGGCUCGGUUUAAUUGCAGUUGACAAAUUCUGCAGACACUGAAAAUCCACUUAACACUCCCGUGACUCCAACGUGACAUUGAAUGCUCUUCAUUUAUAUAUACAUACAUAUAUAUAUAGAUAGAUCUUUUCGCCUGUGGUUUUCCUCUCAUUGACUUUUCUCUUUCUUCCUGAUUUACUUACAAAAGACUACUUCUCGAGCAAUUUUACACCAAACCAAUUACCCACCAUGCCCUUUAUCGAGUGCUCCUCCCCACCCAUCAAGAUGGACAACCCUAGAAUUGACGCUGCUUCACAGGGAAAGCUUUUACCAACUAUCAUUGACGAGCUGGCUCGUGAUGAUCCUGAUGGUCUAUGGAUUGAAUAUCCUACAUCCCCGACAAGCUUUGAUGCCGGGUAUAGUCAAAUUACUUACGCCGAACUUGCAAAUGCGGUGAACGGUGUUGCCAAUUGUAUAACCAGUGCUUUGGGGAGAGAUAAUACAGGAGAGCCGCUGGCCUGGUUAGCGCCAAAUAGUCCCCUGUGCUCCAUCACGCUUAUUGCGGCCAUGAAAGCUGGCUUCAAGUUGUUUUUGGUUUCUGAAAGAAACACUGUGGCUCAAAAUCACAUGUUGUUUGAAGAUGUCGAAUGUUCUACCAUAAUAACGACGAAUGCGGCCUUUCCGAAGGUUGGGGCCACUCUACGCGGAAGAUCUAUCUCCGUUAUAGAGCUGCCUCUGUUUGACCAGCUCCUACAUGAGACCCAGCGAAGAUAUGAAUAUAACAAGGAAUUGAAGUGCCUGUACUACGAAACAGCUGUUAUCAUUCACACCCCAGGUUUCACAGGUUCUCCCAAACCCAAGUUGCUAUCCCACAGUUUCAUUGCCAAUGUAGCACGUAAUAUUGGCCUCUCUGCCCCAGAAGGCUAUGAAACACAGAGCUCUAUGCUUGGGAAUAAUAGAUGCCUUUUGCUUUGUCCUCUGAGCGAUCCGGCUGGCGUAUACUUCGGUAUUUUGAACGCUAUCUUCAAUAACACGACAGUCAUCCUUCCACUACCCGACAUACCUCUGACUAGCCGACUUCUGGCUCAAACAUUUCGACAUGUUGAGGCGGAUUGGGCAGCUCUAUCUCCACCGGCUUUGGAAGUUAUGACAAAUGAAAUGGCUCUCCUAGAGCGAGUUGCGAGCCAUCUCAAAUUUCUAGUCUUUGCCGGGGGGUGUCUUGCUAAAAGAUACGGCGACGUGAUCGCUUCCAAGAUUAGGCUUAUGCCCUCACCACAUUCUCCUGAAACGGGGCUCCUUCCCACGAUAUAUCGGCAUGGACAUGAUUUCAGAUACGACUGGAACUACUUUCGAUUUCAUCCGGCCGUGGGCGCAAGAUUUAUUCCAAUAUCGGAUGGUGUCUAUGAGCUGUUAUUCAACAGAACGCCUGCCACGGAACUAUACCUGCCCAUUUUUGUCAACUCAUACGAAUACCUUACGCAAGAUUUAUACACCAAACAUCCAACUCUGCCAGAUACAUGGACCCAUGCACCGCAGGUAAUACCUUUGAUCAAUGGAGAAAAGUCCGAGCCCGUCGACUUUGAUAAACAUGUAUGCAGCUUCUCUAUUUCAGCUACCUUUUAGCAAGAUUCUGGUGGUUAAUGAUGCUUAGCAAAUACCAUUUCCAACUGCCUGACACACUACACACCCAGGGUUUUUUAAGCAGUGUUUAAAGGUACACCACAUUACAUUACAGUAGUUCAGGAAUUUGAAAGGGGUUUGGCCCGUCUCCCCCGUUUUAUAUUCCUUAGACGACAACUAUGGACAAGAAAAAUCAGAGCGUAAGGAUUCACUUGGCUGACCUGACCUCAGCCUUCAUCGCAACCUUUCCACCAGGAGCAAAAAUCCGCACUAGCCCUUGGACUCGUCGCCCUGUAUGUAAUGCUUUCUGGAAGCAUCAGGGCCGGAUCGUCACCCUUCAUUGGGCGUGUAUCCCUCCAGAGGUCCAAGAUGGAGAUCAAAUUCAGAGGGCCGUGGACGACAAUAUCUCUAUGUCCCUCCACCUGCUGAGCCCAUGGGGUCGAAUAGUGGAUCUUGUGGGGAUUAAAAGUCAAAGCUGAAAAGCGGAAAAGAGUAAUAGCUGUCUGUCUUAAGGUGCGAGUGUGAGUCUUCUCGGUCGAGGAAGUGGACGAGAAGGCUGGAGCUGUAGAUAAUGGCGCCGGAACUCUUGUUGUAGAAGAUAUAUAUGGCACAGCCAGUGCUUUACGGAAGACCCAGUUCC